AUGACAUACCACUCUGGACGACUAGAAGUGCUAGUCAGCUCCGUGAUUUUAUUGAUACGGAAUAUAUAUAUAUCCACGGACGAGCUCGACGAAGCAGUCGUCCAGGGAAUAAGUGAGGCUGCAGAGAAAGAACAAGAAAAGAGUGUAUCAUCAGGAAUAAUGAAGCGUAAAGGGAAGUCCAGGAGAUCCAUGGUUCUGCGAUUCCCACCUGAGUGGGCGAACUCCAGAGAAGCUUUUCGGAAAUCAGAAAGACAAUUUGAGUUCCAAAAAUGUUCAGCAAGCUCUCAAAGAAACGUGACAGAACUAAACUUGAACACUGAUCGUUCCCCCAUACAGCCGAAACAGGGAACUGGGCUAAGUCGAUAA